ACGCAAAACACAAUCCCAUCCCAUCACAGAAACCAUGCCAGCAAGACCCCUCGCACAUCUCUCCCGCUCAAUCUUCGCCGCUCGCCCUUUGCUGAGGCAGCCGGUCCGCUACAACUCCUCCGCCGCAACUGGGCUCUGGAUCCAGACGGAGCAAACCCCCAAUGUCGAUGCUCUCAAAUUCAUCCCAGGUCGCCCAGUCCUCCCCAACCCCUCCUCCCAAUCACUGGAAUUCAAGUCGGGGCGUGACGCAAUGUCCUCCCCCCUCGCCCGAAAACUCUUCACAGUCGACGGCGUAAAAGCAGUCUUCUUCGGCCCCGACUUCAUCACAGUGACAAAAAGCACCGACGCACAAUGGCCGCACGUCAAACCCGAGAUAUUCUCCCUCAUCAUGGAACACAUCACAGCAGGUCUCCCACUCGUCUCAGACGCCGAAUCGACACCGGCGGCGGCGAGUGAUACAGCACCCCUCGACACCGACUCCGAAGACGUCGCGAUGAUAAAGGAACUCCUCGAUACCCGUAUCCGCCCCACGAUCCAAGAAGACGGUGGUGAUGUGGAGUUUAGGGAGUUUAGGGAUGGGUGGGUGUAUUUGAAGCUCAAGGGUGCGUGUAGUACGUGUGAUUCGAGCACGUUGACGUUGAGGAAUGGGAUUGAGAGUAUGUUGAUGCAUUAUGUCCCGAGUGUGGAGGGGGUACAGCAGGUUUUGGAUCAGGAGGAGGAGGUUGCGUUGAAGGAGUUUGAGAAGUUGGAGGCGAGGUUGAGGGCUGCUGGAGGGCGUUAAGCG